AUGAGGUUAUUGAAUUUGUGUAAGUGUGCAUUGCAGAACUUGAGAGAGAAUGGUUGGGAUACUUUGCUCAGUAGGGUGAUUGAGUUUUGUGUUGAUAGACAUAUUUUAGUGCCUAAUAUGGAGGAUAUUGUAGUGGUGAAAGACUCAAUCUUGCAAGAGUUGAAUGAUCGAUUUUCAGAAACAACUACUGAGCUCUUUACUUGCAUUUCAUGUUUAAGUCCAAAAGAUUUGGAUAAAUUGCUACGUCUUGCUCAGUUCUGUCCUUUGGACUUCAAUAGUGAAGAACUUUUACUAUUUAGACCUCAACUUGAUAAGUUUCUUUUGCUUGUGAGAAUGGAAAAAGCUUUCUUUAAUCUCAAUAGUAUAUCCUGUGUAGCUCAGAAGUUGAUUGAAACUAGAAGUUCCUAUUAUUUUCCAUUGGUUUAUAGGCUGCUCACCUUGGCUUUGAUAUUACCUGUGGCAACUGCAAGUGUUGAAAGGUAUUUUCUGCUAUGA